AUGCUCGGGUUUCUUUCGACUUUUGAAUCAUUUCCAAUACAAAGUGAAACUUUAUUUUCGCGUGAACACGAUAACUUGUGUACCUUUUUAGUUAGGUAUAAAGAAUUCCAUGGUUAUGUAAAAGAUCUUAUACAUGGCCACAAUGAAGAUCUUGGUCCUGACUUUGUGCUUGACGCUUUUGAUGUCACUGACAAUGGCUAUAGCAAAGUGAAAGGAGUUUGGAAGAAACAAGAAGCAUCGAAGCAUAAACAACAAUACCACAGCAGCAACAACUACAUCAGCAGCGUCAACUACCACACCAGCAACAGCGCCAACAGCAGCGCCAACUACCACUACGGCGCCAUCAACAACGGCACCAAUAACAGCAGCGUCAACUACCACACCAGCACUACCUACAGCAGCAGCACCAACUACCACACCACACCAACUACCACCCAGGCGCCAGCUACAACAGCAGCGCCAACUACCACACCAGCACCACCUACCACAGCAGCGUCAACUACCACACCAGCACCACCUACCACAGCAGCGUCAACUACCACACCAGCACCACCUACCACAGCAGCGUCAACUACCACGCCAGCGUCAACAGCAGCGUCAACUACCACACCAGCACCACCUACCACAGCAGCGUCAACUACCACGCCAGCGUCAACAGCAGCGUCAACUACCACGCCAGCGUCAACAACCACACCACCACCACCUACCACAGCAGCUUCAACUAUCACACCAGCACCACCUACCACAGCAGCGUCAACUACCACACCAGCACCACCUACCACAGCAGCGUCAACUACCACGCCAGCGUCAACAGCAGCGUCAACUACCACACCACCACCACCUACAACAGCAGCGUCAACUACCACACCAGCACCAACUACCACGCCAGCGUCAACAGCAGCGUCAACUACCACGCCACCACCACCUACAACAGCAGCGUCAACUACCACACCACCACCACCUACAACAGCAGCGUCAACUACCACACCACCACCACCUACAACAGCAGCGUCAACUACCACACCACCACCACCUACAACAGCAGCGUCAACUACCACACCACCACCACCUACCACAGCAGCGUCAACUACCACACCAUCACCAAAUAUAACAGCAGCGUCAUCUACCACACCAGCGCCAACUACAACAGCAGCACCAACUACCACGCCAGCGUCAACAGCAGCGUCAACUACCACAGCAGCACCACCUACUACAGCAGCGUCAUCUACCACGCCAGCGUCAACAGCAGCGUCAACUACCACACCAGCACCACCUACUACAGCAGCGUCAACUACCACACCAGCAACAAAUAUAACAGCAGCGUCAUCUACCACACCAGCGCCAACUACAACAGCAGCACCAACUACCACGCCAGCGUCAACAGCAGCGUCAACUACCACAGCAGCACCACCUACUACAGCAGCGUCAACUACCACGCCAGCGUCAACAGCAGCGUCAACUACCACGCAAGCCAGCGUCAACUACCACACCACCACCACCUACAACAGCAGCGUCAUCUACCACACCAGCACCACCUACAACAGCAGCGUCAACUACCACACCAUCACCACCUACAACAGCAGCGUCAACUACCACACCAUCACCACCUACAGCAGCGCCAACUACCACACCAGCACCAAAUAUAACAGCAGCGUCAUCUACCACACCAGCAACAGCGCCAACAGCAGCGCCAACUACCACACCAGCACCAACAGCAGCAUCAACUACCACACCAGCACCACCUACAGCAGCGCCAACUACCACACCAGCACCAGCGUCAACAGCAGCGCCAACUACCACACCAGCACCAGCGUCAACAGCAGCGUCAUCUACCACACCAGCGCCAGCGUCAACAGCAGCGCCAACUACCACACCAGCGCCACCUACAACAGCAGCGCCAACUACAACUACAGCAUCAACUACCACACCAGCGUCAACAGCAGCGUCAACUACCACACCAGCACCACCUACAACUACAGCAUCAACUACCACACCAGCACCACCUACAACUACAGCGUCAACUACCACACCAGCACCACCUACAACUACAGCGUCAACUACCACACCAGCACCACCUACAACUACAGCGUCAACUACCACACCAGCGUCAACAGCAGCGCCAACUACCACACAAGCGCCAACAGCAGUGACCACUAG